AAUUUUUCUAACAGAAAAAUUCUUAAUUAAGUUUAUAUAUAGUUCUAUGGAUAAGCGAAAAGAUGCUCCAUAUGAUGGAAAAGAAGAUAAAAUGCUUAUGAAAAGAGUAAAGGUAGUCUCAGAUGAUGUUGUGAGUUCAAAAGAUAAGCAAAAUACGCUUAUUGAGAUGAUACCGAGAACAUCCGGAUUAAAAGCACCAAUUAUGCAAUUAACAGGACAUCAAGGAGAAGUUUUUUCAUGUAAAUUUGAUUUGAGUGGACGAUAUAUUGCUUCUGGAUCGUUUGAUCAGUUAAUUUUAUUAUGGAAUACAUAUGGUGACUGUUCAAAUUUUGGGCAAUUAAAAGGUCAUAAGCGUGCUAUUCUUGAUUUACAAUGGAGUCGUGACUCUCGAGUAAUUUAUUCAGCAAGUGCAGAUCAAACUGUAGGAACAUGGGAUUUAGAAACAGGUCAACGUUUACGAAAACAUACUGGACAUGAAGAUAUUAUUAAUUGUAUUGCAACUAUAAGGAGAGGUACAGAGUUUUUUGCUACAGGUAGUGAUGAUACAACUAUAUCGCUUUGGGAUGGAAGACAAAAAAAUGCUGUAGACUAUUUCGAUGCCGCUUAUGCUGUAACUGCUGUUGCUUUUAAUGAAGAUGGAAGUCAAUUAUUUUCAGGUGGAUUAGAUAACGAUAUUAAAGUCUGGGAUCUUCGAAAAAGAUCUAUUAUUUAUAAAAUUGUUGGUCAUGCCGAUACUAUCACUUCUUUACAAAUCUCUCCUGAUAAUAAUUAUCUUUUAUCAAAUGCAAUGGAUAAUACUGUUAGAAUAUUCGAUAUUCGUCCAUUCGUACCUUCAUCUAGACAAGUUAAAGUAUUAAAAGGCGCUCUUCAUGGUAUAGAAAAAAACUUAAUUCGGGCUUCUUGGAGUUACGAUGGAUUACGUGUCGCUGCUGGUUCAGCCGAUAGAACCGUCAUCAUAUGGGAUGUUUCUUCCGCAAAACUUACUUAUAAAUUACCCGGUCAUAAGGCUUCCGUCAAUGCUGUAGAUUUACAUCCCCAUGAACCUAUCAUCUUAUCUGCUUCUUCUGAUCGCUCUCUUUUUCUCGGUGAACUUGCUCAAUAAUCUUUCUCCCUCUUAUUUAUCUUAUAUUCUCCUAUCUUUUCCUU